ACAAUCUAGAUGAAGGGUUCGACCUUAACAAUCACAAUGAAGAACAAGAAUAUGACAGAUUAAUGAAGAAAAAACGAUGUUUCGAAGAAACUUUUGAGGAAAUCAACAAUGUACAAGUUCCUCGAACAUUACCAUUGUUGGAUCAUAUCGAUCUUUGUGAGGAGGAAGAUGGGGUUGUGGGCUGGCCACCGAUUAACUCUUGGAGGAAGAAGAUUUGCCACCACCACCACCACCACAACAGCCGCCGUGGCUGCACCAACCCCACGAACUAUGUGACAGUCAAGAAUGGUUGCGGCGGCGGCAGUAGAUCAAAUUCCAUGUACGUUAAAGUGAAGAUGGAAGGAGUUGGGAUAGCAAGAAAGGUAGACUUGAGCCGCCACCAUUCUUAUCAAACGCUAAUUGACACCUUGAUGGCCAUGUUCGUCAAUGAAAAAGUGCAGGGCUACAAGCUUGCAUAUCAAGAUAAAGAAGGUGAUUGGCUGCUUGCUGGAGAUAUGCCUUGGGGAACUUUUAUCAACUCGGUGCAGCGUUUAAAACUGUUAAGGAAUGGCAAUUGAUUUCAUGGUGCAAGGCUUUUUUUGCUUUAUUAUUCGAUUAGUAUUACGUAUGAAUAUGUAUUUUUUUCCCCUUUCCUUUUGAUGUAAUCUUGUUCGUGUAUUUCGACUAGGCUUCUUCUCUAUUUUAUGUAGAUUUUUUUUGUAGUAAGUAAUAUGUAUAACAUAGAAUUUAUUCGACUUAGGAAAUUAGAAUGACAACGAUUUACAUAUUUAACAAAAUUUGAAGGAAAGGAAAAGGAUAUUAUCAAUUCUA